UUUCAUUUGAGUGCAGUACGUGUAGCUGCGAUUCCGGAUCUACACUGAAAACUUACAAUAACAGCCUUUUCAUUUAGAGCAGAUUAGUUAUCCGGGGAAAUAUUAAAAGUUAAAUGGAUUCUUCUCGUGUAAAGGCGCCAGCAACAAAGAAAGUUGGCGUUGCCCUAUGCAGUGGUAGCCUGCCUCAAAACGUUGAAGGUCUGAAGCAACAGAUAAAAAGAGAAAUGAGCGACCUGGUUGAGAAUGUGAGAUACGAGUCUCUUCCCUACAACGUCAGUGACCUGGACAACUUUGAUUUCGAUGAGAUUGAUGUUAUGAUCCUGUGUCAUUCCAUCGACAACAGGCGAUUUUCGAUCACCAAUGUCACGGAUUCCCUCUACGACGGCUUCUUGAAAAGGGCUAAGAAUUACUUGGGUAAGAGCAAAGUCGGCGUCAUCGCCCACGACUUUUCAGAAGAUGACCUCACUUCGGACAAACUUUCUACCAAGAUGGCGUCCUUCCUGUACACCCAGCCUUCAACAUUUCAGUGUGCAUCGCUUGUUCUGAUAGGAGGUCAGAUGGCAAAGGAGCCGGUACAACUGAGCAAGGCACAGCUUGAUACGCUUCGGCAGUUCUUGAAGGCAGCAUCGACCCCGGGUUUGGGAGAGAUUAUUCUAGUCGCCCUGUGGAAAUUGGUCGCUGCCAUUACAUGUGAAUUAUUAACCUGAUAUACUGUAAAAAAAAAAAAAACUUCGGUGCUUAAACGGACACCAUUUGGUGUUUCUCGAGGACCAUUCUGGCAAAGUUGUUAACUUUACACCCUAGAGAUUGAACGCAACACCAAGAGUGCUAAAGUAACACUCAUGGGUGUUGAACAAACACUAUAAAUUUAACAACGGAGUAAAAUGCAUAGCGUUGUCCUGUAUGUAGGCCUACACAUUUUUUGCUGUAAAAUAAAUCUAUUCUCUCGCGUAACGGGGACUGCCUUAUUUUGGAAUUCUAGAAGCCAAGAAAAUGUGAAAACGCUACAACCUACAAGGGAGAAAGAAAUAUAGAGACAGAAGGAAAAGCCAUCUCUCAUCUGUACCUUCCUCUAAGAUUAGUAGUCUUGUAAAUUUGCGAUCCGUCUUCCUGAGAGGGUUUUUUUUGCCUGGUACUCUUUUUAGGCCUCCUAAUAAAUCUUUACGACUGGUUUGGAAGUCACCAGUCAGGGAUGACACGAAAAAAAAAGCAUCAGAGCCCAAAUAAUGAAAAAAAAAAGAAUUAGGAGAACGUCGGGGAAUCAUCUGGAUGAAAUUUAAAACAAGACAAUGGUUCAAAAACUGUUCUGCGAAAUACUUAGUGAAAUACGAUUAAUAGGCCUUCUUUUGAAAUUCUCUCAAGCAACCGAAGUAGUUGAACUUAACCCUGUAACUAAUACCCCCUUCACUAUUGUAAUGGCAGGUCUUGCCUGCAUUGACAAUAUUGAAUCGUCAGAGGCAUGGGAGGAGACUCAAUCGCCCCUUUAAGAAAAUCCGGCAAAAUUGUUACAUAAUGAUCAUUCUUGUUGCUGUUGAUUUUUUCUUGGUCUAUACUUUAAAGCAACGCCCCCAAAAAUAAUAAUGAGGAUUUUUAAAAAUUGAUCGAUCUAUUUUUAAGUGGCAACUCAGCCCCCCCCCAAAAAAAAAAUUCUCGUAUAAAGGUUAAUGCUAGUUGGUAAUAACAAAUAACUGAUAUGUCUGGUAUCCGGAUGCUGGGCGCCAUUUUGACUUCGCGGUUUCCUAUUAUGAGCGUACGUUUCAUGAAGCGAUUUGCCAUUGACAAUUGUUAUAAGUUACUGAAACUCUCGUAUCUGAUUGGCUGAGGGCAACUCUGUCUAUGAAAGUCACCGACAACGGCGCGUUAUGAAGCGCUCGCUAUACCUAGAUGAUUUCCCCUUCAAACAUUACAAUGUACGAAAGGCACUGCAAUCAUGUAUAUAAUUACAUGCACUCUAAAAAAUGGAGUGCUAAUUCAGCUCUU